ACAGUAAACGGGAAAGGAAUAAAAGUUCAGUUGUUUACUCGACAGACUGCGAGAGAACAAUCGUUAUGAACUUUCUCGUUACACUUCUGACGGGCGGCAUAACACUGUGGCAUUUGUGGGCCUGAUAUCCUCCGGAUGAGCAUCAUUGCCACGGACAACACGAAUCGGUUUCAGAGUGCUUUAGUUUGACCGUGAGUAAAACGAUUUGUUCACAUGCAUUUUCUCCACAGUCGACUUGUGGUGACGUGCUCGUGUUUUGCGUGGUGCGUGUUUCGGUGUGGAGAGCAGCUGUGUUGCUUUUGCCAUGUGAUUUGCAUUUGUGACGUAUUUCGGUAUUUGAGAUGACUAUUUUAGUAAGUUGCAGAGAUAAAGCGGAUGAAAGAACACACGCUGGUUUUUCUUUUUCAGUAAAGAAGCUUAUGCAAUAUUGAUCGUGGAUCUGUUUAGUAAUUAACCCCUGGACAACGAAGAUAUUGAACUUCUUAUAGCAGUCAGUGGUUCGUAACACUGAGCUCUAUAUAGUCCGAUAACUGGUUCAGCAUCAGAAUAAUGACGCCUGAAGCCUACACGAGUGUGCAUUUGGAUAGUGGAAAUAGUCAUAUCAUCAUGAUUACUUAUACUUCAAGAUUUAAAAUCAAUCAUUUUAAUGAGCUUGUCUGUCACAUUUGAUGGUUUUCUUAUUUAGAUGAAGAAAAAAAAGGUUUACAAAAAUCAACUGACAUUCUGCAACUGGUGUAUUUUGAGCCGCGAUGUUGAUAGCGAACUAGGUCACACGAUAUCACUGUAAGUGUAAUAAAUACACAACAGCUGUGGCUCAAGAAGCAAGGGGGUUGUAGAGGGGGGAUUUUCGGCCAACUGUAGAGUUUUUUUUUUUUUGGGGUAGUGGGUAUCAUUAACCCUAACUACGCCACUGCACAGCGGUUAAGUCAUCAUUCACUCUGGAGACAAGGGCCCCUAGUGAUUCACUCGGGUUGCCUGCGCCUCCGCACGGCCCUGGUUACAGCCCCUGAAACGGCGCUUGAAGAGCAAAAAAAAUAUUUUACUAUUAUUUAAGUAAGAAUUAACUGUUUUAUUAUAAUAAAAAAUUCUAACAUCAUAGAAACUCAUAAAAUUAAUUUAUUAAUUAUUACCAGAUUUUUUUUCUAGCUACUUUCUGAAGUUAGAGUUCCUAUCUGAAGAAACACCACCCCCCCCAAGCCCACCCCCCACCCGACGUCACGAUGUUCAGUGACAUCAUCCCCCGGGCUGACACGGCCGUCCUGCUAGUGAUCACCGCCGUCUUAGGUGCUGUUGUUUACCGGCUGUUGACCAGGAAGAAGCUCCGGUUGCCUCCCUCUCCCAGAACUUGGCCGUUGCUAGGCAACAUGUUGGAUUUCAAAGGUUCGUUUACAAUACGAUAGGCGAUAUAAAUGAGAGCGGAAAUUAACUAACUAACCGCCUCUCUUUUUUUUUAAAGAAAAAGAAAGAAACACACAAAAAACAAAAACAAACUUGUCAAAAACAAACUUGUCAAAAGCAAACUUGUCAAAGACAAACUUGCCAACAUCAAAGAGCAAGAGAUCCUGCCCCCGACAUUUCCAGAAUAUGUCAAUUCUUUCAUUUUUUCCAUUAAAUCCUUAUUUCCAUUUCUUUUACCAUUUUGAAUGAAAAAAAGGCCACUAUGUCAAUGAACUUGAUGUAUUUAGUAAUUACUGCUAUGGAUCAGUAAAAACAACAACAAACACCAUAUUUUACUGUUCACAUCAUUCUACCCUUUAUGAAGCCAGAUGCUUUGGAAUAGUUGUUACAAUAUAUUCAACGGUGGGGGGAAAAUCUUUGGAAAUAAUAUUUGCAGUUCUUGUCGUGGAUCUCUUAUCAGUUCAAUUUACAGAACGGAGAACUUAAAUUUAGCCAACCCGUUAUGGACGUCUCUGAUAUUCAUUUUCUGGAUAUCUAGAAUCAGAUCUGUGUUGACUACAUCUUUGGUACCUUUUGAUUUGCUUAAAAAAAAAAAAAUAAUAAAAAUAAAUAAAUAAAUAAUGAAUAAAUACAUUUAUGCAAAUAAAUAAAUAGAUAAAUAAAUAAAUAAAUAAAUAUUAUAAACAAAUCUUUAAUAUACGAAAAACUACAAGAACAAAUUUUCAUUUAGAGAGAAGUCAAUGGUAAAAUUCUCUAAUUCCAUAAUCUCUAAGAUAGAAAAAUAACAAUUCCAACAUAUUUAAUUUAGUUGACAUCAGUAUUUGGCAACCUAUGGCACGCAUGCCGCUCUUGACACGUAUAGCGUCUUAUCUUGGCACGCAAAAGACAAAAAAAAACAAACAAAAAAACAAAAACAACCCAACCUUUGUAUAAAUGGCUAAAAAUGGGUCUUAAUGGUAGACUUAUAAGUUAUUGACACGAUGAAAUAAUCAGAAGUCUAACUGUGGCACGCUAAUAACCAAAAAAAGUUUCCGACCACCCGGCUUACACCUUACAUUGUGACUCAUCCCCAACACCGAACCUCUUCAGACACAACGCUGACCAAAAAGUCUUUGGAGUGGCAAGAACAGUACGGGCCCGUCGUGAUGUUUUACUCGGGGCUCCGCCCAUGGGUCAUACUCGGCAGCAUCGAGAGCCUUACAGAGGCGUACGUCCAGCGGGGGAACGACUUCGCCAACAAGCCCAUGAUCCCUUCCUUAGACCUGAUGAGCAUGGGGGGUCGAGACAUCGCAUUCGCCCCUUACGGUCCGGACCUUAAGUACAGGAGGAAGAUAUGUUUUCAGGUAGGCAAAAUCGUUCAACAGUUGCUAACAUAGAUAGAGCUCCGUCCAAUCAUUGCCAUCACAGUUAAAUAGAACCCAACCUCGCAAGACAUGUUUUUGUGGAUGAAAUUAAACAACACCUAAAAUCAAAGUUCUGCGUAUAAAUCCAUUAAAAGCAGUUUUUUUUUGCAUUCAUUUAAUUGUAGGUGAUUUAUUAUGUAUUAAGAAGCGGUUAUGUAAAUGGAUAAAACUUCUGGCGAAAACAUAUUUCAUAUUUCUUUCAUUUUUUUCCCUUUCAAAAAUAAAUUAAAUUUUUACUUCAUACCCAAAAGCAUAAAAAUACAAAGCUCAUAGCAACAGCCACACAAUUAAUCCCUACAUAAAAACACGCACAUAUAGAAUAGAUCAUAGUUCAUUAAUUUUUCUCUUGAAAACCAGAAAAAAACCUGAUUUGGGGGGGGGGGCGUUGGGGUUGGGGCUGAAAAUUUGAUAGAAUGUGUUGUCUAUGGGCCAAGUUUCAGCUCGAUAGGAACACGGGGCGUGGGACAAUUAGCUUUCCGAAGAUUUUGCGAUGAACGCAAAACUACACGAACAAAAGCAAAGUUGAUAUAAAGGAUUAAAAAUAUUUUUUUUCCGACAUUCAAAUUUUAAAAUGUUUAAAGGAAUACUUAAAGAAUACAAUUAGGUCUCUAAAAUUCACUUAAACAUAACGAAAAUAUAUAUGAUUAAAAUUCUUUUAAACCUAGGAUACCACAUGCUUUAAAAACAUUUGAACCUAGCAACCACAUGUUUAAAAAUAUCAUUUAAACAUAGCAAAUCACAUGUUUAAAAAAAUCUUUUAAAAAUAUAGCAAACCACAUGUUUAAAAAUAUCAUUUAAACAUAGCAAACCACAUGUUUAAAAAUAUCAUUUAAACAUAGCAAACCACAUGUUUAAAAAUAUCAUUUAAACAUAGCAAACCACAUGUUUAAAAAGUCGUUUUGACCAGGACACGAACGUUGUCUCCACUUCAGGACGGCGUUCAGGAAAAGCUCAACUCAGUCGAUAUAUUAUUUUCCUUGCCUCAGAAAACUUAACAUUUGUUAAGAAAUAAUUUUCAGAGUUAGAUUUUUAAAUUUGUCAACGAUUUAGAUCAGCGAUUGAGCCGUGCGCCUAGGAUGAGUUUCAUUUCUUGUCACUGUUACCGUUACGCUAGUUUUAUGAGCUGAAAUAAAAAAUGAAAUGAAUACGAAUUACGUUGCGGACCUAUCGAUAGGUCACCUCAGUGUCUGCGAGGAGUAUGUUUUUUAACUGGGCGAUAACAUUUAAAUAGACCACUGGGCCAGCAUCUACUUUCACCAGUGGCAGGACCCACGAAUGUGAAAAGGUCUCUGUUUGAAGUAUUAAAAUCUAUUAUAAUCGGCAUCCUUCCGUCUAUUAGAUUUCCCGAAAAAUAGCACUUGGCUCUAAAAAAAAUGUAUCCGUCUUUGUUAUCACCGUCAUCAUCAUCAUCAUCAUCAUCAUCAUCAUCUUUUAAAUCUACAUAAUCCUGCUUCAAUGCGCAUUCAGGCAUGUCCCUCUUCAGCAUGAAAUGUUUGUGGUUCAAUCUCUAAACAAACAUUUAGCUUUAAGCGGUUUGCAAACUGUAACCACAAGGGCCACAAUUGUUUUUUUUUAAAGGCCACACGAAAUAAUCAUGUUAUUUAAAUGACAUGUCAUGUUUAAAAUAUCGCUGUCAAAUACUUUUUAUAACAUGUUUAAAAUACAAACCCCCGGUCCUCCUCCUAAGGCGAUGCGUCACUACCUGACGGGCGACCAGCACACGAGACGAGUCCACCAGAUCGUCGCGGAGGCCGUGCAGGCGAUGCUGCAGGAGCCGGGGCCCUUCAACCCCCACGCCCACUUCUCCCUGAUCAUCUUCAACAUCCUGCACGCCGCGUGUUUCGGCAGCACCGUGGCCAUGGACGACCCCAUCUACCAGGAUUAUCUCAAAGUCUUCGACUCCGAGUCCGGGAAGGUCACGGGAUACUGGGAGGACAUUUUCCCCAUCCUCACCCACUGUCCCACGCCGGCGUUCCGCAAGGCCAAGCGAGGACUCGAGGCCUUCGUUGGUUAGUACUUUUUCCUGACUCAGCGUCCACCGAGCGUCCACUUAGCGACCACUGAGCGACCAUUUAACGUUUACUUGGCGACUAAUAAGCGAUCACUUAGUGACUGUAACACGCAUCUACUCUGACAUGGCGUGGGAGCUUAUUUCUUAUGCUGUGGGUUAUGUCAGUAGUAUGGUUACUUAUGUUAUAUUGAUAUUUCAGGAUGCCGACUAAGGCUUCUUCAUUCUUCCACUUAUAAUCCGGGCACGCAAAUAAGAAUACUGAAUCCUGGUUAAACUUACAGUACUUUAUUGAACACACUUUAUAUUGAUAAUAUUAUUAAUCCUUGCAUGAAUGUAAUUUCACAUAUAUAUCUAUAGUAUUCCAUCAUUAAGAAAGACACGUCCUCACACUAAACUGUCAACUGUCUAAUCACACAGCUCUCACGCUACUGACUCUACUGCUCUGCGCUCAGCUCUCACUAUCUCAGUCAACUCAUACUUUAUUACCAGCAAAGCGUGGAAAACAACCGCUCUGACAAAAACAUAACUUUACUCUCCAAAAACGUGGAGUUCACAUUUGCAUCUUAAAAUACAUGGUCAACACAAUUCACUGUUCACUCAUGCUACCUCUCUGUUUUCAUGUGAAAACAUAGUCCGUUACAGUGACCCCUUAGCAACCACUUAGUGACCACAUAGUGACCCCUUAGUGACCACUUUGCGACCAAUUAGCGACUUUGUUAUCAAAGAUCCAUUCCAUAUUACUAAACAUGUAAACUGAAUGGCGCCGGAAAGUUUUGAAGAUUAUUUCAGUGGUACAACAUUAAGUGGUACAGCAUUCAGUUGUACAACAUUCAGUGGUACAAAAUUCAGUUGUACAACAGUCAGUGUUGCAACAUUCAGUGGUACAACUUUCAGUGGUAAAACAUUCAGUGGUACAGCAUUCAGUUGUACAGCAUUCUUUGGUACUGCAUUCAUGAACAAUAAUUUCAAUUUUUUGAUAUCCCCGGCUUCAGAAUAUUGAAUUUUGUCUGAUUUCCCCCAACCAGCUUACAUCCACCGGCACAUUUCUGAACGGAGGUCCACCUUCGACGAGAGCAAGAUGGAGACGCUGGUGGACAACAUCCUCCUGACGGAGAGACAGCUGAGAGACGAAGACGCCGGCGGACGCCCCGACAUCACUGACGUCCACUUCUCCCUCAUCAUCUCGGACACGUUCAUCGGCGGCACGGACACGACCAGGAACACGAUGGACUGGAUAUUUCUGACCCUGGUGGCCGACGCCAAAGUUCAGCGGAGGGUCCAUGACGAGAUUCACCGGGUCGUUGGUAAACUUCAUGGGGACCGUUGAUGUGGAAAAAAAAGUGUGUGGGGGGGGGGCAUGGGAGUGUUUGGUGGAGGGGUCCAAUUGGGAGUCUUGAAUAGGGGACAUGGUGCUGAUUUUUGUCUCAGUCAUAAUAAAAUGAUUGUAUUUUUAACAAAUUGUUUGUAAUAUUCCACCUUGUACACCAUCUACAACAAGGAAAAAAUAAAUAAAAUAUAAUUGUUGGUAAGGACACCAUAAUUUAUUUUUAUCAAGUUUAAGCAAACGAGAAUGGGGAAAUGAUUAAAUCUUAUUAUUAUAGAGAUUCUAAAAAGAGAUUCUUUCUGGAAUUAUCUAUUGCGGAUAAUGAGCUGACAAUUCAUUAGGAAACAUGCAGCUAAUUUUCAAGAGUUGGAUGGAGGAAUUCACUACGUUACAUAUAAUCCACCAAUUGCCCCUUUUACUCAAGGGCGUCAUAUCCGUUUUUUUCAGGGUGGGGGGGGGGUUGGAAACCAAAACUUGAUCAGCUUGUUAAGUUUUUUUAUUACUUGAAGCGCCACAGUAAAUAGCAAUAAAAAAAAAACACAUGCAAAUUCAAGGAGAAGAAAGGGGGGGGGGGCGAAUACCCCACCCUACCCUACCCAAAUGAAGUCACUGCUUUUACUGAAGGGAUAUUCUUGGCAUUUUUGUGCAAACUAUUGGCAUUUAUUUAAAUUGCGAAUUUUUUAUUCAUUAUUCUAAAAAUUAUUUUGUACGUUUGCCUUUCUUUUGGGGACCAGGAAAUGGAGUCCCAGGUAAAGAACACAGACAAGGUCUGGCCUACACCGAGGCAGUGAUACAAGAGGUCAUGAGGCUCUACCCCGUGGUACCGAUGGGGCUGCCUCACGAGACACUUUGCGACACACAGGUUAGUUGAGUUAAAUGGCAUUGUGCAACACACAGGUUCAUUGUUGUCUUAAAGUGUGGGACACGCAUGUUAGCGUUGUUUGACAUUGUGCGACAUGCAGGUUCGUGUUGUUUGACAUUAAUAAAUAAUAAUAAUAAUAAUAACGUUUAUUUGAAAAUCACGCUUCAUCCCUAAAGGCUGGAAGUGCAGUACAAAGUCAACCAUAGUAAAAGAGAAAUUAAACAAUCUAUAUUAUACCACAUUGAAAUACAAAACGCAACAUUGCAAAAACUACAUCCGAGCUUAACCAUUCAAAGUUUUUCAUCCCUUGCAACCAUAAACAACACAGGGCAAUAUACAUCUAGGAGAUAAUAGCUAGCUGGAAAAGAUGGUAAUAAAACAUCACUACAGCAGGUGUUUGCGAAAUAGAUGUGUUUUCAAAUUGGUUUUGAAGGACUCCAGUGUCUGGCUAUUUCUGAGAGUGAGAUAGGACGGUGCCAUAUCAUGCAGGCAGCGGUAGCAGAGUUGAAAUUUUGUACUCUAUGCGAGCGCGGACCGGCAGCCAGUGCAGCUCUCUCAGAAGUGUUUUAGCAUGAUCGAACUUGCGUUUGCGAAGAACAAUGCGAGACGCAUUAUUUUGUGCUAUUUGAAUUUUAUCCAGCAGCGCAGAGGGAAGACCCACCAUAAGAGCAUUGCAGUAGUCCAUGCGUGAUAGCACAAAUGCAGACAUCAGCCUCUUUGAUGCAUCAAACGUUAAGAAAGGUCUAAUAUGACUAAUCCUGCGCAGCUCUAGAGAAAUCGCCUUGCAAAGCAUGUUAAUGUGAUUUUCCAUAGAUAGUGCUCUGCGACGCGUAGGUUAGUGUUAUUUGACAUUGUGCGACACACAUGUAAGUUUUGUUUGACAUUGAUAGAUUGCAGUUUUGAAGCUUAUUUUAUAAUAACCUUCACAAACAAUGAGACCGAUAAAAACAAAGAACUUCCCAAACUGUUAAAGAUAUUGAAGAAACAGUGGUCAGUCUAAAACAUUUUCUACAUCAUCAGAUUGCACAUUAUUGUUUCAAGUCUCAUGUUAUGUAUAAAGCAACACCUCCAUAUUAUGUAUAAAGCAACACCCCACCCCAUGCUUUUUUUUUAUAAAACAGCACCCCAUGUUUUGUAUAAAGCAAUACCCCCUAUGUUUUGUACAAAGCAACACACCCAUGUUUUGUAUAAAGCAGCACCCCCAUGCUGUGUGUAAAAUACAAACCCGUUGAAAUUCAUUUUUGUUUUGAAAAAAAAAGGUCGCACCAAUCCAUAAUGUUCAUCUCCAAACCAGGUUUGUGGGUUCGACGUGCCAGCAAAGACGGUGGUCGUCACGAACGUGUACGCCAUCCAUCGCGACCCGCGACACUGGGAGCACCCCGAUAGCUUCAUCCCUGAACGCUUCAUUGACAAGGACAGCGGAGCCCUCAUCGCGCGCCCCAAGAGUUGGAUCCCUUUCAACAUCGGACCUCGAAACUGCGUGGGUAUGUGAAGUCAAUCCUACGUCCGUCGACCUGUGUUUGUGGACCACCUUGACGGAACGAAAUUUAUAUAGGAGAUAGCCAAGCCAGGAUUUAGUUUUCUGAAUCGAGCAAUAUUCUAUCUUAUAGCUGACAUAGUAGUAAUGGUUCUAAGUGUUACUUUAUGUCAACUAACAUUUCUUGACUCAGACACUGUAUUUAUUUCCGCAGGCGAGAACCUGGGCAGACAGAACCUGCUGUACACCGUGGUCUGCUUGCUGCAGAAACUUCAGUUUUCUUUAAGUCCUGUCGGCGAAGACGUGGACAUGGUCCCGCAGGAUACUUGGUUUACGCUCGUGCCAAAACCUUACGAAGUUGUCGUCAAACCACGUGAUUAGGCAGGCGAUGUCACACGAGGAGGGAACUCUCAAGACUGUUCAGGAAAUGAGUGUAGUAAUUUCCCCGUUUCUUUUGUUUUCUUUGUAAGUGGACACAUUUGGCUACACGCUACAGUUCAGUUUAUAACAACACUCGCAGUCGUCCCCUCAUGAGUUUUGGUUGUGCCACUCUUGUAAAAGAGCUAAAGAAUUAAAUUUUGUACAUUUUUUUUCUCCUAAACUAUGCCAUUCAAACUUUAACCCGACUCAGCCAAAUUGUGUGCUCUGGACACGUCCCAUGAACGCAGUGUGUCAAUGAACUGACAGCCAAAAUGGUGUCACACAGAACCUAUUGACGGGAUUUCAUUCUAUGUUAAUAGCAAUGGACAAGGGAAAAAUGCCUUUACCAUGUGGAUUUAAGAUAUUCAUAUUCCUGUUUUUCAAUUUAGUCAUUUUUUAAAUAUUAAUCAAUGCAACAUUUGUUUAUUGUUCGUCCUUCGCAUUGGGAGAUGGCCAGGGCAAUAUUCGACUCGAGUAGUAGCCUUGACAUGAACUGUAUUUUGUUUAAAGUAAGGUAGAGUUGCUCAGCUCGGAAGCCUCACUCUCUCGUCCUUGCCCAUUUGAUCCACAGUCAAGACUUAGUCAAGACGGCUGGAGAUAGACAAGAAUGCAGUAGGUGACCAGGAGUGUUUCUUGUUCCACGUCGCAGGAGUUGUCGGAAGUUUCACUGUGACAAUGUCAUACCGCCCACGGGACUCCAUCUCCAGGGUUAGAUUUCAGAGUUCGCUUUGUCUUAGAUGAGUUGCCAUCCAAGGUUAACAAGUCCUACCCCCCCCCACCCCUGGGUGCUGGUGAUGAUUUUUUCCUUUAGCUGGGGAUUGAACUGAAGACUACUAUAUUUAUAGCUGAGGAUUGAUUCAGUUUAGGGUGCUACAUAUUUUGAUACACAUUCACUUCAGUCAGAAAUGAGAAAUUAAUUAAUUCGUUUAUUUAAUCUGGUGAUAUAAAUAUUAUUUAAUGUUGACAAUGUAAGUAUUUCAAAAUAAAAAAAAAAAGGAAAUAAUUUAUGUUUAAAUUGCCAGAGUCCUUGCCAGAGUUGUUCUUCAUCAUGCCGACAGGUCGAAUAUAACGUGUUAUUUCAGUUUAUAUCUAUAUUUCAUGAAUGUGUUUUAGUCAUUUUAAAGAAUGGAGAGUGGUGCGAAUAUGAAUACAUUGUAAUAAUUAUACAUUACGGAUAACUGCAACCAAGGACAGUGUUACCAGGGAUUUUGCUUAUUAAUAAAAAAAAAAAAUAUAAAGUUCAUGAUAUCUUGACUUUUUAGUGUUUUCUUCAUCGCCAACUUCUGGUCGAUAAAAACUAAACGUUUAUUGACUUACAAAAUACGAGUGUGUAAAAGUUCUGUUCUGGUGGAAGCCUGCUACGGCGACAGCUGGCUCGGAAAAGGCUACUCUGUCUGGUGGCUCUCUGUUCUGGUGGCAGCCUGCUACGUUGACAGCCUGCAGUGGAUAUACUGCUAUGCUUGGUGGCACCCUGUUCAUAUUUUGAACUUGACUUGAGCGAACAUUGUCAAAGUUGCAAUUAAACCCCACGUUGAAGAGCAA